GGAAGCUGAUCGAUGGGAGGUUCAAGUUCAGUCAUGUAAGGGAAGGAGAGGGCUGGAAAGUUCCAAGUCAUUGAGCAAGUGUGUUCAAAGCUAGAAGUAAAUAUUUCGUCUACUAAAAAGGUGCUUAAGAUAUGGAUCCAGAAGAAGAAAAUCAUGCUUCUGAAGAUGACUUGUCAUCUGAUGAGAAGAAGGGAAGAGGUCCAACUUUUAUGUCUGACAUUAUUCAUGGCAGGAGUAAGGGGGCUAGAAUGGAAGUGACAUAUAACAAAAAGGGGCAACCAAUUGGUCUUGGAGGGAAGAGGCUAGCUACUUUUAUUGGGGUAAUGGCUCGAACUACUAUCCCAAUCACAUAUGAGACUUGGCCAGCUGUGAAGAAAUCACUUAAAGAAAUGAUAUGGAGUAUGGUUCAGAAAUCAUUCAUUGUGGAUCCAAGAAGCAAGAAAGAUGUAUUGAGUAGUGCAGGAAGGAAAUGGAAAUCAUUCAAGAGCACUUUAACAACAAAAUAUAUAUUGAAGUAUAAAGAUCGACGGAGCCUCCUAAAGAAAAAACCUGAAGAAUAUGAAUUUAUCACUCAACCUCAGUGGGAAGCUUUUGUGAAAUCUCGAUUAACUCCUGAAUUUUUGGAAAUUCAUGAGGACCACUCAAGGAGACGAGCUUUUCAUGAGUAUGAGCAUCGAAUGUCCAGGAAAGGCUAUGCUAAUUUGGAAGAGGAGCUAAAACUGGAGUUAGGGACUGAAGAAGAUAUUGACAGAGCUAUCUUAUGGAAGAAAGGGCGUGUCGAUAAAGAGGGUAACUAUUUGAGUGAGACAACCAAACAACGUGCUGAGAAGAUUGAUGCUUUAACAAAAGAUGUGAAAGAGGGAAUUGUGUCUGCUGUUGGUCGGAACGACAUUUUGACUCAAGCUUUGGAGACACCUGAGCGACCAGGUCGUGUAAGAGGUGCUGGACAAUUUGUUACACACAAAGUGUACUUUAAUACAUCUAGAUAUAAGCCUGCAACCAAGACACAAAUGUUGGAACAACAGUUGGAAAUGAUGCAAAACCAGAUCAACAUGUUUGCUUCAUUAUUGGAUCCAGAGAAGUUGGAUGCAGCUAAACUAAGCAUGAUGCGAGACAUGUUCAAAUCUAAUAAUGGAUCUGAAAAAGCUAGCUGCUCAGUCGAUAAGGAGAAAAAUCAGUCUUGUAAGGAGGAGGUAUCUAAUGUGGCAUCCAAGAAAGAAAUUGAAAAAAAAGCUACUGAAAAAAAGGUUCGAAAAGUCGAUGAUAUUCCAUCUCCAAUUGACAACAGUAGAGAGAGCAAGAAGGCAAAACAAAAAUCCAAAGGGGGGCUAGUGACGAGAGAGAUAGCCGCAUUGGAAGAUGACAAUGUGAUAACAUCAACAGAUAAAGCAUAUAUUCCUAUCCAGACAACAAAUGUUGUAAAAAAGGCAAAUAAAUGCAAGCUAGCAGUAGACACCAAAGAUAACAUUGUUGCAAUGGGAACUAUAAUAAUGUUGGAUGGGCCGAUACAUGGAGUGCCCCUAGGAGCAGAAAAUGCACGUAUCUCAGUUGAUGUGCCUAUCAAGGAAGAUGCUUAUCUCCCAAUCCCAAAUGUGUCAGGUGACAUAUUUACAGUAAAGCAAGCCAUAGGGACUCAUGUUGCUUGUCCUCGACAUCUUGUUUUAAUGUCACAUGAAGAGGUAUAUCGUAAGCCGAUUAUAAUAUCCAUCACUAGAAGUUAAAAAUGGUAUUUACAUGUUAUUUUAAUUCACAUUUAGAACUCAAUGAGCACUCAGAAGUUUUCGAGUAAAACACCAUGCAAAUAAGCAGCAUACAAGAUGCCGGUUUCUGUGCAUCUUCUACUGCGCUUGGCAAGAAUAAUGGAUGAAUCUAUAGCAGUGUCGGUCCCAAUGGAAGAUGGUGUGUUUGGCAAUGACCACAAUACAUUCAUAAACAGUAACGACAUGAUCCAAUUUUGUUUGAUGCAGCCAAUAUCCACUAUUUGCAUUUCUAUCUACAUGAGACACCUCUGGUCAUUGUUGAAAAUGAAGAAUGAGGAUCACUUGUAUGCAUUUGUAGAUCCUGGCCGCAUCUCCAAUGAAGCUGGAAAGGUUGAGUCUAGAUCAUGUGCCCUAUCACUUAGAUUAGAGUCUGCCCAAGUAGAUCAAUUAAUUCUUGCGCCUUAUAAUACAGGGAAUCAUUGGUUGUUGGCUGCCAUUAACCCAUAUACUGCGUUGCUCUAUUACUUUGACCCAUUGAGUAACAUUAACAUCAAUCCAGGAAUGAAGAACAUUGUAGAGCUUUCCAUUAAGAUGUUUAAUGCUCAAAAGGGAAGAAAGAAUCGUAAAAAAGUUCAUUGGGAGGUGGUUAAGUGUCCAAGACAACCUGGAUUAGUGGAAUGUGGAUAUUAUGUCAUGAAAUACAUGAAAGAAAUUAUUGGAACUCCAAGCCGCUCAAUUUUAAAUAUGUUUGAGGAAAAAGAGACUUAUACUCAAGAAGAGAUUGAUGUAGUUCGAGUAGAGUGGGCAGAACAGGUUGAUGGAUAUAUCAAAUAGUUAGCAUGCAAGUAUUAUUUGUUUUUGAUGGUAUGAACUGAGUUAUAUAUGAAGCAGCAGCAGCUAGUGCUUUGAAUUAGGUAGUUAGCUUCAAAUCAGUUGUAGUGUAGUACAUUUGAUCUGGUGUUGGACUUGUAGUUUUUGCAGGCUGCUUCUUUUGGAUCUUA